AUGUACAUUUCUUUUAUAAUAUUUCCUCUAUUUUUAGUUUAUUUAGGUGUUUUGGAAGGUUUUAUAAUUAACAGAAAUAUUUUUCAUAAUUAUAAUAACUUUUUAUUACUUGCUUCAUCAAAAAAAAAAAAAAAUACCAUUGAAGAAGCACCAAAAAGAAAAAACAAAAAUAUUAAGGAGAAAAAAAAAAAAAAUAAAAUUUUGGAAACUUUGUUGAAAGAAAAAGUAGAGAAAGUUAAGGUGAAUUUAGAUUAUUCUGGAAGUCAAAAUGUUGAUAAAGAAAUAUUAGAAGGAAAAAGAGUUCCAAGAUUAAGAAUAAAAAAAACAAAUAAUCAUAUAUAUGCAACUAUUGUAGAUGAUUAUAAAAGGCAUGUUUUGUGUUUCUCAUGUUCUCACGAUUCAACUUUAUCGCAAAUUUUAGGAACAUAUAGAAAAAAAACAACAAAUCGAAUUAUAAAUAAUGGAAAAACCAUAAAAGCUGCUUGGGAAAUAGGAAAGAUAGUUGCAAAAAAGGCUUUAAACAAAGGCAUUUUUAAAGUUAAAUUUGAUAGAGCUAAUUAUAAAUACGAAGGGAGAGUUGAGGCAUUAGCUGAAGGAGCAAGAGCAGUGGGAUUGUUGUUGUAA